AAAAGGCCAGGGCAAUUAUGACUUUAUCUUUUGUAACAACUUUACAUACUUGAACUGAGUCUGCUUUAUGUUCCUGUAUCUCUGAUACAAACAAAUGCCUAUCUGAUCGUCUAAAUGUUGCUGUUCUGUUUUCACACCCAGGACUGACAGAAAUCCCGGAACAAAAUGGAUGGUGAGGAGCGGACCUAUGGUGGCUGUGAAGGGCCAGAUGCCAUGUAUGUGAAGCUGAUCUCCUCAGAUGGCCAUGAAUUUAUUGUGAAAAGAGAACAUGCCUUGACAUCUGGAACCAUCAAAGCCAUGUUAAGUGGGCCAGGACAAUUUGCUGAGAAUGAAACCAAUGAAGUGAACUUCAGGGAGAUACCGUCUCACGUCCUGUCCAAGGUGUGCAUGUAUUUCACCUACAAGGUCCGCUACACCAACAGCUCCACAGAAAUACCCGAAUUCCCCAUCGCUCCCGAGAUCGCACUGGAACUGCUCAUGGCCGCAAACUUUUUGGAUUGCUAAAAGUUCAAAAUGAAUGUGCAAAAAAUGUAAAACUGAUUUUUGAGUAUUUAACUUUUGUUUUGCCAUGUAUUUCACGUGACACAUUUUUUGUUUUUCUGUUUGUUUUUGCUUUGUGUGUUUGUCAAAAUUGACUUAGUAUUACAAAAUAUGCCAUUUUAAAAAGGCUGGGAAAAAAAUGGAGAAAACUGCAUCCCUACAAAAAUCCUCACCUCUUCAUCUUAAUAAAGACCUAUUUGGUGAGCGCUU